AUGACUUCAUUACGCAAGGUCUACGAUGACCAUCCCAAAACGGUCGUCUUCGCCUCUGGCGCCCUGAUCAGGAUCCUGGCAGCCUUGGUCUUCCCACGACUACCGGAUCUUUUGACACUGAGACCCGAGAUCUCGACUCCUGUGAAUAGCUUCAAGCGAUUACAAGAAGGCUUGUUCUUACACGAGCGAGGACUCGAUCCGUACGAUGGCGGCAUAUUCCACCAAGCACCGCUACUCCUAUCGCUAUUUUCACUAGUCCCAAAUCCAUCCUCCUGGAUAGGCCGACUCAUCAGCAUAGUGCUAUAUACCGGCCUGGAUUUACUAAGCGCCGACUGUCUCUACUCGAUCGCAGACUCCGGGGCUGGAUACAAAACCAGACUGUUCACUUCGCCUCGCAGUGAUCGAGUAUGGAAGCCCAUUUCAGUGGCGGCGGCCUACCUGUUCAACCCCUACACCUUGCUCGCGUGCCUAGGACGACCGACAAGUGUGUUCACGACUACUUUAAUCCUGCUUAGCAUAAGUCAUGCAUGCCAGAGGCAGACUGUGACAGCAGCAUUCGCACUGGCUAUGGCUAGCUACAACAGCUUUCAUCCAAUCCUUCUGCUACCGCCCGUCGGACUCCUCUGCUACGACAGACUAUGCAUAAACAGCAGCAAUAGCCAACCAUUCACUACCAAUGGUGACACGUCUUUCGCACCUCAAAACGGCAUCAAAAUCUCCACCGACCAACGGAACCACCCCCAGCCUCUCCCCUUCGCCCUGAAAUUCACAACAACCUUCACCGUCUUCCUAACCUUCCUCCUCCUACUUUCCCGCCUCAUCCUCCCCUCCUGGAACUUCCUUCCCGCCGUUUAUCUCACACCUCUGACACUCCCGGACUUGACACCCAACCCAGGGCUCUGGUGGUACUUCUUCAUCGAAAUGUUCGACGCCUUCAGAAGCUUCUUCUUGGGCGUGUUCGCGCUCCAUAUGCUAUCCUACAGCGUGCCAUUCUGUCUUCGGUUUCAGAAACAACCGCUGGUAGCUGUGGUGCUCAUGAUGGGUGUUGUGGCGAUCUUCGAGCCAUAUGCCAAUGCUGGGACGGCAGGGGCGUGGUUGAGCUCAUUGGGGUUGGUUGGGCACUUAUUCGAAGGCGAGUACCACGUCCUUCUUAUUUCCUAUGGUCCUAUUAACGUCGCUCUAGUCUCAUCCGCAUACCGGUACACUUUCCCGGCUUUGGCCGCGCUGCUGUACAGCACGUUCUUGGGUCCGGCAUUCCAUCAUUUAUGGAUAUAUGCUGGGUCCGGAAACGCCAAUUUCUUCUACGCCAUCACGCUGGUGUGGAGCUUGGCACUGCUGAUCAUCCUUACGGACACGGUAUACUCGGCAUUGAGAGAUGAAUGGGAGGCAGAAAGGCCCGAAGGCAAGGGCAAGGAUGUUGGGCAAAUAUGA